AGGCGAAAAGUGUGGAUAUGAAAUCAUCAAACAUUUUAUGAAAUGCUUUCAAAUUUUAUACAAAAGUAUUAUAAUAUCGGCAAUACCAUACAAAGAUUGCGCCGACAUAUUAAACGUCAAAUUACCGAAUGUGUUCGGUAAAGAAGCUAGUAUACUAGAAGUUAGUGUGUAUACGAGAGUUACUACUCGUAUCCCUUCAAUGACAUCGUCGAGAAUACACAAAGUUGGCCAAGCAUGAACAAGGGGAGAUCCGGUGCGACAAUUACCCGGAAAAUUUUAGAGCUCGCAUCACGAAGAUUUCACAAACUAUAAAUUAAUUCUCACAGAACAAAGGAAAAUGUCAGCGGAGGUGAGAGCUGGUCGACCCACCAUGCCAACGAUUCCGCACUCUAAAAGGCCUACAAUUUUGGUAUAUCCAACGGUGACGCCGGAAAGUAUAAUAAUUCCCAUCGUUUCCUGCAUUUUGGGGUUUCCAUUGCUGGCAUUAAUGGUAAUUUGCUGUCUACGAAGAAGAGCGAAACUCGCCAGGGAACGAGCUCGGCGAAGAAACUGUGAUUUGGAUCACGGUGCAUUGAGUCUCGUUCGUUUUAGCCCGGUUCAUCGUCUGGCUGGGAUAGAUCGUCCAGCACGCACUGUAUCCUUGAAAAGCGAUCGAGGCUCCCGAAGCUUUCCAUCCUUAGAGUUGGAUACCGUUGUCGAGGAACGUUCGGAUCCCGAACAGAGCACCGCCCUAGAAUUGAGUAGUCCAGAUUAGCAUCCGGCUUUGGUACCGUCAAGGUCCCCACGACCAUCGAAAUCCUUGGCGGUGCCAUUGCCUGUGGAUCACAGUCCAUUAUGGACAGCUUUGACGCACGCUAAUGCGGUCUCUGCAGCCUUGGGAGAUACCUAGCAGGAGGUGGAAGAUGGCAGCUAUAUUGAAGCUCUCGUCCUAGAUCUGCCAAUCAUUUACUAACUAGCCAGUCUCUUCAAAUGAAGGAAUAUCUUAUUAAAGUAUCCAGGAAUGACACUGGCCAAUUUAUUCAAAACUAUCAUACAGUGGCAUCAAUUACGUGAAAUAUCAGGAAACAUACUCUUUCAAGUAAAGAGAAGUAAAUAAAAUAAACCUUAUGAAAAACUUCUUCAAGAGUAUCAUAUGAUCUUUGUAUUAUGUAAUGAGACAUCCCGACAUGAAAUUUUAUACUACUAUUUGCUCGCGACAUUUGUGAGUAGAGCUUUUUACAUGAUAAUUACAAUCCAGAAU